UCUUCUAUUCCAAGUCUUCAAUUCUUGGAAGCAUCCUCCCCCUUCGUAGAUAAAAAAUAUUAAGAAAAAAAAGGAAACAACUUUUGGACUUGAGGAGGUGCGUCUCGGUCUCCCCGUCCUUCCAGAUUCAAUCGCUGACGAACUCAUUCCCCGAUUGUUGCUUCGUCUUCUUCUUCUCCUGUUCAUCCGACAAAGAUGAACGGCGGUCCCUCCGGUUUCAGUAAUGCUCCGGUCGCGAAAGCCUUCGUCAUCGGGAGCGCCCUUUUCACCGUGUUCUUCGGAAUUCGAGGCCGUUCUUCCAAGCUCGGAUUGUCAUACCAGGAUAUUUUUGAGAAGUUUCGCGUCUGGAAGUUAAUCAUGUCGAUUUUCGCUUUCUCAUCCACACCAGAGCUGAUGUUCGGCUUAUAUUUACUAUACUACUUCAGAGUUUUCGAGAGACAGAUAGGUUCGAAUAAAUACUCGGUCUUUAUCUUGUUCUCAAUGACUGUUUCACUACUACUUGAGACACUCUUGCUAUCUCUACUUAAAGAUCCAACAGCAAACUUACUUACCUCUGGACCAUAUGGCCUCAUAUUUGCUUCAUUUGUGCCCUUCUACUUUGAUAUUCCGGUUUCAACUAGGUUUCGCGUGUUUGGUGUGCGCUUCUCUGAUAAGUCCUUCAUAUAUCUGGCUGGUCUCCAGCUUCUGCUAUCAUCUUGGAAAAGAUCCAUACUGCCAGGAGUUUGUGGCAUAGUAACCGGUUCUUUAUAUCGGUUGAAUGUUCUUGGCAUCCGCAGGGCAAAGUUACCUGAGGUUAUGACUUCUUUCAUUUCCCGGAUUUCUUUGCCAUCCAUCGGGAAUUCUCCUCGAUCACCUAACAGGAAUGUCCUCGGUGGUAUGUCAACCCAUCCGGCUCGCCAACAAGAGUUUCAGAGAUCUUACCAGGCAGCUCCGAUGGCAGCAAGUGUGGCGCCAUCAGAGGAAGCCAUUGCAACGCUGGUCUCAAUGGGUUUCGACAGUAAUGCAGCCAGACAGGCUCUGGUUCACGCCAGAAACGAUGUCAAUGCAGCCACCAACAUCCUUCUCGAAGCUCAGUCCCACUAACCGGAAACGGAAGGUUGGUCUGAUUUUAAAUGGCAAGAAUUCAGACAAGAGACCGUCCAUUUCCCAUUUGAGAUCACCAGAGCAACAAGAACAGAUAGAUGGUCUUUGCAUUAACCAAAAGCUGAUGUUGUCUCGCAAACAUAGGUAGUGUAGCCAGAUGUGCAGUAUUUCCCCUUAGAGUUGGAACAAAGAUUUUGAGAAUCUUGUACUCUGAUCGAACGUUACAGGCUAAUAUGCAAAUUUCUAAUGCUGCUUCAGUA